CUUGUUUGUGCAUGGUUUAUCACUACAUAUCACUAUUGUAGUUAUAAAUAGAACUACUAUAUCCCUGCACUGAUCCCUGGAACUACAUCACCCCAAUCCAUAAUUUAGAAUCUUGAUUAAUGGGCGUCCAUUUGGAUUGUAAAAACUCUUCAGGGGGUAUAUCAUUAGUCAAGGUUCUACACUUCAGGCAAACAAAGCCAUACACGUGUUGAAUCUGGUUGGGGAAUUGGAGCGUUUGUUUUUAUUGUUACUUUUUGUUCUUGGAGGGCCAAAGGCCAGGUUACGCGGUUGGCUUCAGACCUUGCACGAGGUGCUUGGAGAAGGCUCGGGUGAUGUAGUCUCUUCUUGAGGCUGAUGAUCAUUUCCCAGUGGUCUACUCCUGCGCCCAAAUUUCACACCUUCCAAAGUUGUUGCAAAAAGGAGCCCUUUCGAUGUGGGUUCGUUGCGCCGCCGUUUCCACAGUUCCGCCGCCGCCGCGCAGCCUGUUUUAACGGCCUGUCCACCCAUUCGGCGAGCGUCGACAGCAUGCGCAAGCUUUGGGCCGCCCUGCUUCCCAUGGCCUUAGGCGAUGGGGAGCUGUUUCUGAGUAGCUCCACCACGCCUGCACUGCAGACCUCCAGCCUUGACCCGUCCAACAUGACCUAUGACUGCAAUCCCUACCUCGGCACGCAGUAUUUGAUUAUUGGCAACGGCAAUGGUAUCUCUUCUGAUGGCUGCACUGACAGUUGGGAUCUCUAUGAAAUCUUCCUUUACGACGAGAAUGGCGAUUCGAUUUAUGUGACAGCCACCUCCGACGACCAAGACAGUGGCUACGAAGCCUUCAAGGCGGUGGACGGCUCGUUGACCUCGUUCUGGGCCGGCGACCAUGAUAUCGGCAUGAGCUGCGGAUGCUGGCAGUCUGAAAAGAAGGACGGGCAGUCCAUCCUGUUGUACCUGCAAGGGAACCGGAAGGUCUCCAGAAUCCAGUUGCAUCAAGGGGGCGCGAACGACCCAUGGGCCGUCUCCAAGAUCCGGCUCCAUUGUGCCGCGAGUUUCCAGGCGAACCCUUUGCCGCUGGACAUCUCCCAUGGGAUGACAGAGAUCACCUGCAACGCAGAUGGCUGCGGGGUCACCAGCAUGAGCAUUCCAUACCAGCACACCUGCAAUGGCGCUUCCAUGGACAAGUUCUCGAUGCUGCUCGUGGUGCUGGUCCUUGGUCAGAGGCUCUUCGCUUGAGAUCGCAGUGAGGGGCAGGUGAACGGAACCGCAUGCGGGGUGGCAGCUGUGUCAAUUUCUCGGGUGUGUCCC